GAGAGAGUGGCAGAGCUGCAUUCAGUCAGAGGCAGCAGUCAGACUGAAGCUGAAUGAAAACCACCGGAGCUUCACAGCAGCAGAACUUCUGCUCAGCUGAUGAGUUUUGUUGUCCUGACGCUUCGUUUUGACUUCAGCUCGACGUGAACAUGAUGGAGGAGAGCAGCCCGAACAGUCCGAGUGUGGAGCUCGACAAUCUGCAGCUGUGUGACAGGGAAGGCACAGAAUCUGCAGACAGCGGCCUCGGGGAUGUGGACGACCUGCCGGUUCCUCAGCACAUCCGGAUCAGCAACGUCACCUGUGACUCGUUCAAGAUCAGCUGGAACAUGGACAGCAGAGGCAGAGACAGGAUCACACACUACUUCAUCGACCUCAACAAGAAGGAGAACAAGAACUCCAACAAGUUUAAACACAAGGACGUACCGACAAAGCUGGUGGCGAAGGCGGUUCCCCUGCCGAUGACUGUGAGAGGUCACUGGUUCCUGAGUCCUCGCACAGAGUACACCGUGGCCGUUCAGACUGCCGCCAAACAGCCAGACGGAGACUACGCCGUCUCCCUGUGGAGCGAGAUCAUUGAGUUCUGCACUGCAGAUUACUCCACCGUCCAUCUGAACCAGCUGCUGCAGAAGGCUGAGGCGAUCGCCGGCAGGAUGCUGCCGUUCACCGUCUUCUACAGAAACCAACAGCAGGAGUACUUCCAGCAGCCUGGCCCCUCUUACCGCUCCAGAGACACUCAGUGUUGCCGUAUGCUGCCAGCAGUUAAAGACGACAGCGGUAGCCAUGGGUCGCCAAUCAGUGGCAAACUGGAGGGGAUCUUCUUCAGCUGCAACACUGAGUUCAACACGGGAAACCCCCCGCAGGACUCCCCUUAUGGACCCUUCCGCUUCCAGAUCCAAGCACACCUCCUCUUCAAUCAGAACACCAACAUCUACUUCGCAGAUUUUUACUGUAUGUACACGUCCUACCACUAUGUCAUCCUGGUUCUGGCUCCUGACGGCUCAAAAGGUGACAUCUUCUGUAAGGGGAGGCUGCCGGCUCUGGACAGAGCCAACAACUGCUUCCUGAGCUGCACCGAAGAGGACCACGGCUCGCUGUCUUUCCGUCACGCUCAGGACGUCAUCCUGGAGGUGAUCUACACCGAGCCGGUAGAUCUCCCUUUAGGGACGGUGUCACGGAUCAGCGGGCACCAGCUCAUGAGUCAGUCCACAGUCAAUGCCAAGAAAGACCCCAGCUGCAAGAUCUGCAACAUCAGCGUGGGACGUUAACCCACCAAUAGCUGACAUGGAGGCCACAUCGCAGCUGAUGAGCUACUAAACAAUUAACACUUCAGUAACCCUUCAGCUGAUUCUGGUGUUGUAUACAUCGCUCCCAGAAUUCAUAGAACUGUGGUUACGUAUAUGACUGAGAGGAUAUGACAGAGCUGGAGUCAGCCGAGUGUGUGUGGUCAGUGCACAUGUGCACGCAGUGAGGUGAACUGAAAGGUGUGAACAGGUUAAACCUCUAACAUUAAUGUAAAGACGUUCCUAACUAAGUGUCAACAAAUGAAUGACCCAAUCAGUAUUUUCAUCCACUCAGUGUUGACACAGUUAGACUUCCUUUAAUGUAAUCAGUCAGAUGGGUCACCAUCUGGACUAA